GCUGUCGCGCUGCUUUACGUCACCCAGGGUGGCAUUUCCGCUUUUGCCAGGAGACAGGAAGUAGCAGGAUGUUGGGGGAUUUGCUGCUUUUUGGGACACUGUUGGUCAACGCAGGGGCGGUGUUAAACUUCAGGCUGAAGAAGAAGGAGAGUCAGGGCUUUGGUGAAGACGUGAGAGAACCGACAACAGGUGAUAAUAUCAGGGAAUUUCUGUUGAGCCUGAGGUACUUCCGGAUCUUCAUUGCCCUCUGGAAUAUCUUCAUGAUGUUCUGCAUGAUUGUGCUAUUUGGAUCUUAAACAUCUUUGGACUGAGGUGGCAACUACAUUCAGCGGGAAAUAUGACUUUAUUAUGAAGUAAAAUAUAUUUGCUGUGUUUUUAGUACAUUGAACUCUGGCCUAUUAUUUCUUCUGGGAGUAUUAAAGGAACAUUUCAUCCUAGCCCUCCUGUAGCAGGUGGCUUUGGGUCUUGUUUUUUAAAAUAAAAAUCUAAUUCGCUUUUA